CAUCCGCCAUCAUCAUCAUCAUCAGCAUCCUCAAAUUAACUUCUUAACUAAAUAUUCUGCAGAUCCUCCCUCCUCUUCUUUCUCCUCUCGCUUUCACUCUCCAUUAACCUUCUUUUAAAACUGUUUUCCUCUCCAUUUCUGACACCAAUCACCUCACGAUCCGCUUUUAUUUAAUAACCCAUCCCUCGUUUUUUCUACAAAAUUCCCAUCUGGGUUUCGUAUUUACUCACUGAAUCUGUGACAACCCAGUUUUACUCCCGUGUGAACUUCAUUUAUUCACUUUUCCAUUUUCAGAUUCAGAUUCAGUUUCACCCCAUUUCUUGUUCUUGGUUAACAAAUGAAUUGAAACAGAGUAAACACAGAGUAUAACUGUUUGUUCUUCGCUGCUAAAUCUGUACCCUUUUUCAGCUGAGAUCAAAAUUUAUUGACUUGCACAAGGGGAAAAGGGGCUUGGUCAACGUUUUCUGAAAAAGUCUCCGCCAUCUCUGGUCUUUGAUUUGGCCGUUGACAUCAGAUUCCAGCUCUGGUUUCAUAUUGUUUAAGCAGCAGCCGUGGGAAGGAGGAAAAAAAAAAAAAAAAAAAAAUGGUGGAGUUUUCGAUAUCCCAUUGGGGUUGGGUUUGUUUCUACUUUUUAGGCUUUCAUUUAAGAUUCAAAAUCUACCCUUUGUUGUAGUUUUAUCUUAGUAGUUGAGAUGAGUUUUCGGUCGAGUUGGUAAAAAACCCAUCUCUUAUUCGCCGUCUUGUCUUCAAAGGUGUUAGUCAAAUCCGAGGGCUUAGGAUUUGGUAUAUCCUCCCUAAACAAAACAGAGAAGUUUUCAACACUACAAAACUCGUCUGCUUCAUAGAAUCUGCCUUCCCUGUCCUGUCCUGCCCGCCCAUUUGGGGCUUUCAGAUUUAAGCCUCUAGACUUCCUUUAAAUCCUCCACUUUUCAUUCUACAUUCAAUUUCUGUCAGUUUUUCCAUUUCUUUUCAGCUACUUCUUCCUCCUCCGUCUGAAGGGACCAUUUUUGAGAAAUCAGCGAGGUGUCAGAAGGGUUUGGUCUGGUUUGGUCUGGUUUGGAAGCUUUAGUUGGGGUUUAAAAUGGGUGGUGGCAGAAGAAAAAGGAGGCAGCAUUUCAGAAGGAUUCAUGCCUUUACUUGUGGAAGAGCUUCAUUCAAAGACGAGCAUUCUUUAAUUGGAGGGCCUGGUUUCUCCAGGGUAGUUUACUGUAACGAUCCAGAUAGCUCUGAGGCAAGUCUUCUCAACUAUGGAGACAAUUAUGUCAAAACUUCCAAAUAUACCGUUGCUUCAUUCUUCCCCAAAUCCUUGUUUGAGCAAUUCAGAAGGGUCGCCAACUUGUAUUUCCUCCUUUGUGCUUGCCUUUCCUUUACCCCUCUUUCGCCCUAUUCCCCCGUCAGUAAUGUUCUUCCUCUUGUUGUUGUUGUUGGAGCCACCAUGGCCAAAGAGGCCCAUGAAGAUUGGAAGAGAACCAAACAGGAUAUGGAGAUGAAUAACAGGGAGGUGAAAGUUCAUAUUCGAGAUGGAGAGUUUGUUGAGACUAAAUGGAUGGAAUUGAAGGUUGGAGAUGUAGUUAAAGUGGAGAAGGAUGAAUUCUUCCCUGCUGAUCUUAUUCUGCUUUCGUCGAGUUAUGAGGAAGCGAUUUGCUACGUCGAGACGAUGAAUCUCGACGGGGAAACUAAUUUGAAACUGAAGAACGCAUUAGAAGCGAGCUCGAACUUGCAUGAAGAUUCCAGCUUCCAGAAUUUCAAGGCUAUAAUAAAAUGUGAAGAUCCGAAUGCAAACUUGUAUGCCUUUGUGGGGAGUAUGGAGCUGGAAGAGCAGCAAUACCCCCUCAGCCCUCAACAGCUUCUUCUUCGGGACUCGAAGCUGCGAAACACUGAUUUUAUAUACGGCGUCGUGAUCUUCACAGGUCGUGAUACAAAGGUUAUGCAGAACUCAACUGCUCCUCCUUCCAAGAGAAGCAAGAUUGAAAAGAGGAUGGACAAGGUUGUGUUCUUCUUGUUCGCUGUCUUGGUUUUGAUAUCAAUUGCGGGGUCGAUUUUCUUCGGAGUUUCAACUAGAGACGAUAUCGAUAAUGGAAGAAGUACGAGAUGGUACCUUAGGCCAGACGAUACCACAAUGUAUUACAACCCGAAAAAUGCUCCAGCUGCAGCAGUAUUGCAAUUUUUCACAUCUCUUAUGCUUUUUAGCUAUUUGAUUCCCAUAUCAUUGUAUGUGUCCAUAGAAAUUGUCAAAGUUCUGCAGAGUGCCUUCAUCAACCAAGAUACACACAUGUACUACGAGGAAACUGAUACGCCCGCACAUGCCCGUACCUCAAAUUUGAAUGAAGAGCUUGGCCAAGUCGACACCAUACUCUCGGAUAAAACGGGGACAUUGACCUGCAAUUCGAUGGAGUUUAUCAAGUGUUCGGUGGGCGGGACUGCUUACGGGCGAGGAAUCACAGAAGUAGAGAGAGCUCUUGCAAGAAGAAAGGAGUCAAGUUUACCUGAAAAUCUAGGGGCCAACAAUGCACGUCUUAGCAGUGAAAAACCACUCAUUAAGGGGUUUAACUUCAAGGAUGAUAGAAUAAUGGAAGGUAAUUGGGUGAAGGAGCCUCGAGCCGAUGUAAUCCAAAAGUUCCUACAGGUACUGGCCAUCUGUCACACUGCAUUGCCAGAAAUUGAUGAGGAAACUGGAAGUAUUUCAUAUGAAGCUGAAUCACCAGAUGAGGCAGCUUUUGUGAUUGCAGCCAGAGAAUUCGGUUUUGAAUUCUAUGAAAGGACUCAGACAAGCAUUUUGCUGCGCGAGUUCGACCCGACCUCCGCCAAAAAAGUUGAAAGAUCAUAUCAACUACUGGAUGUUUUGGAAUUUAAUAGCACAAGAAAGAGGAUGUCUGUGAUUGUAAGAAAUGCAAAGGGACAGUUGCUACUACUUUGUAAAGGAGCUGACAGUGUUAUGUUUGAAAGACUUGCAAAGAAUGGAAGUGAGUUUGAAGAACAAACUAAGGUGCACAUCAAUGAGUAUGCGGAUGCUGGUUUAAGAACUUUGGUGCUUGCAUACCGCGAGCUGAAGGAGGAGGAAUUCAAUACAUUUCAUCAAGAAUUCAUCAAAGCCAAAAACACGGUGAGCGAAGAUCGUGAUGGCAUAAUCGAUCAGUUAAUCGAAAGCGUUGAGAAAGAUUUGAUUCUUCUUGGUGCUACAGCAGUUGAAGAUAAACUUCAAAAUGGGGUCCCUGAAUGCAUUGACAAACUUGCUCAAGCUGGAAUCAAAAUAUGGGUUCUGACUGGAGAUAAAAUGGAAACUGCCAUCAAUAUUGGCUUUGCUUGUAGCUUACUUAGACAAGGAAUGAGGCAAAUAAUUAUCAGUUCAGAGACUCCGGAAGGGAAAGCUUUAGACAAAGUGGAAGAUUCUCAAAAAUCUGCAGCUAUGAAGGCGUUCAAGGAAAGUGUGAUGCAGCAACUAACUGAUGCAAAGGCAUUACUUUCGAGUUCGACCAAAACCCGGGAAGCAUUGGCUUUGAUAAUUGAUGGAAAGUCCCUCACCUACGCUUUGGAGGAUGAUGUGAAGAACCUAUUUCUGGAGCUUGCCAUUGGUUGUGCUUCAGUUAUAUGCUGCAGAUCAUCUCCUAAACAGAAAGCUCAAGUUACCCAAUUGGUCAAGGUUAAAACAGGAGGCACCACUCUAGCAGUUGGUGAUGGUGCAAACGAUGUCGGAAUGCUCCAAGAAGCGGAUAUCGGGAUCGGUAUUAGCGGUGUAGAAGGAAUGCAGGCAGUCAUGUCAAGUGAUAUUGCAAUAGCGCAGUUUCGAUAUUUAGAGAGGCUUCUCCUUGUGCAUGGACAUUGGUGUUACAGAAGGAUCUCUUCCAUGAUAUGCUAUUUCUUCUACAAGAACAUCGUUUUUGGGUUCACUCUCUUCUUCUUUGAGUUGUAUGCAUCAUUCUCCGGCCAAGCUGUAUACAAUGACUGGUUCCUUUCGCUGUACAACGUCUUCUUUACGUCUCUCCCUGUGAUCGCAUUGGGAGUAUUCGAUCAAGACGUCUCGUCCCGGUACUGUCUUAAGUUCCCACUUUUAUACCAAGAAGGUGUCCAAAAUGUGUUGUUUAGUUGGGUUCGAGUUAUCGGGUGGGUGUUCAAUGGACUACUGAGUUCUGUGAUCAUCUUCUUCUUCUGUGUUGUGGCAAUGGAACAUCAAGCUUUCCGCAACAGUGGAGAGGUGGUUGGGUUGGAAAUUCUGGGUGCCACCAUGUGCACUUGUGUUGUUUGGGUUGUGAACUGUCAAAUGGCAUUGUCAAUCAGUUACUUCACAUACAUUCAACAUCUCUUCAUCUGGGGCAGCAUCAUUCUCUGGUACUUAUUCCUUAUGGCAUAUGGAGCUAUGAACCCAACCAUAUCAACCACGGCAUUUCAGGUCUUCAUCGAGGCAUGCGCCCCGGCACCGUCGUUUUGGAUCCUCACACUAUUAGCUCUCGGGGCAUCCCUUCUCCCAUACUUCAUCUACGCAUCCAUCCAAAUGCGGUUCUUCCCAAUGUACCAUCAAAUGAUUCAAUGGAUGAAAGAAGACGGGCAAUCAAACGAUCCAGAAUACUGUCAAGUAGUGAGACAGAGAUCGCUACGACACACGACCGUUGGUUACACAGCUCGGUUUGAAGCAUCGAAGCGGUUUGAAGACAUCCAAGAAUUCAAGAACCAUUAGUUUGCUGAUGAGAUUCAUUACCAUAGAAAGAUUUGACAUUUCUCCAUGGGAAGCUUCUUCUCGGUGUAUAUAUGUUUACCCAACAGGUGUACAUAAAGAUUCUUUUGUUCUGCUGCUCCUUGUCAAUUCAACCAAAGCGAAGCACCGCUCGGGUUCGAAGCUUUUGUAGCUGAAACGACCAUAUCUAACUCGUAUGGUUUAAAAAAAAAAAAAAAAAAGUAUUUUUUUCCUUCAUGAAUUCGUAGGAAAUAUGUUAAUUGUUGUAUUCAUUUCAAAUAAUCAUAUCAAAUGUGCUAAAGUUUCUUUA